AUGGGAUGGGCUACGUACUUGGGUAUGUUGUUGAGAUUAUUUGGGUUGAGUGCCAAAAACCAAGGCCUUGGGCACUUGAGCGCUAAUCGUCUUGACCUUCAGUACGUAAUUGGUACCCAAAUAUUUGUACACCGUACGUUAUUUCCCUCCCUUCCUGCUCAAGCCUCAAGGCCUCAUUGCUCAAGCCUCACUAAGACCUCACUGACCGCCGAUAUCUCCACAAUUGUAGAACAACAACGCUCCAGGACCUAUGGAAUCUCAAAAACUGAUUGUUCUGUAAAGACUCACUGGCAAGCUGAUCGUUGCAAGGCACUCCAUCCAACUCACGCUCAGGCAACAACAAUAAGCACUGUCGAUGUCGUUCUUCGAAGGCCCUGGAGUGCACGCAAGGAUGAAGUGGGUCAAUCGUUCUCAAGAUGCACGGUAAUGGCAACACCGAGGGCCACUUCAAGGAAGAUUCACGCGUAA